CGCCUGCAACUGCGGGGCAAUAGGCUGCAUGUGUUCUUACUGCAAGUGUCACGUAGUUAUAACCAUUCAUAACGCGGAUUCUUCACACCCGUUCGAGGACUGAGCACUGAGCAACGGGACGCGUUUAACUGUGUAGAGAGCGAUACCAGGGAGCCACUGUUACCUUCAUGGAAGAGUGUAAGCUGUCCCACCCCCCCAUUAGAAGAGUGGUGGAUUCCACCAAGUUGACUCACUGCAACAGCCAAUCCGAACCCUUGCCUGACUCCAUGAGAUGUUUAAGCUCCUCCUCUUUGGUCGGAGACGUGAAGGUUGAAUCUGUGAUUGAAUCCACAGAUUACACAAGGAUUUUAUAUGAGAUGACCCAGGAGGAACAAGACAGACUAUCCAACAUGAAGGAGGAAGUGGAGGAAUGUGAGGAGAGGCAGAGUGUGAAAAUGGAGAGAGAAGAUGGUGUGAUGGAUGACAAGGAACUCGGGAGAGAGCAACAAAAAGCAAGGGAUGAACAGAAGGGGAAGGGUGUAGCUUAUCUAACCUGUCAGACUCACAAAUUUGAGAAGAAUGGAGUGAAAUCAGAAUACGGUCAACAGGACAUGGAGGAGGUGUCCAAUCUGGUCACUGCCUGCCUGCGGAAUCAGCCAAGAGUGCUGAUUUGCAGAAUAAAAACAGGUAAUUCAGUUCCUGAGUCACUAUGUCCCUUCACCAGGAAAGAAGGCCAGGGAGUGACAUCUCGACAGAGAUGGCAGGAGCUCUCACCAAUGAAGGGAAAGUGUUCACCGAGUCAGAUGGACCAGGUCAUGACCUGUAAGAGAAAGAUGAUUGGCCAGUUGGAGAAACUGCAGAAACACCAGUCGGCUUCAUCAGAGGAUGGGCUCUGUCUUGAAGCCUCCCAUAACCCUACAGUCAUCUCCCCAAGGAACCAGAACACAGGACAAACUGUUGAGGCAUCGUCUGAGGUCUUUGCCUGCUCUCAGUGCCCAUUUGUUCACACAGAGGAAGUGAAUCUUCACCAGCACUUGAAAAUUGUCCACGCUGAGGAGCUCAGAGAGACUCUGGUGCCUGGAAGAAGUGGAGCUGAGAACCCAUCCAACAGCAGAACACCUCAGUGCUCCAAAGCCCCUGAGACACUCCCCACCCCAACACAGUCCCACACAGGCCCUUCAGGGGUCCACAAAUGCCCCCAGUGUGGGAAGAACUUCAAAUCAAAAUCAAAAUUGACAGUCCACACACGAGUGCAUACGGGGGAACGCCCCUACCACUGCUCCCAGUGUGGGAAGAGCUAUCUCUCAUCGUCGCACCUGAGCAGACACCAAGUAAUCCAUACAGGGGAACGGCCAUACCAGUGCUCCCAGUGUGGAAAGAACUACAAAUCAAGAUCUGGAUUCACAUAUCACCAGCAAAUGCACACAGGAGAACGCCCAUACCACUGCUCCCUGUGUGGAAAGAACUUCAAAUCAAAUUCAAAAUUGACAGUCCACACACGAAUGCAUACGGGGGAACGGCCAUACCACUGCUCCCAGUGUUGGAAGAGCUUUGUCUCAUCAUCACGCCUGACCAGACACCAGCGAGUCCAUACAGGGGAACGGCCAUACAACUGCUCCCACUGUGGAAAGAGCUUCAAAUCAAACUCAGAAUUGGCAGUCCACACACUAAUCCAUACAGGGGAACGACCAUUUAACUGCUCCCAGUGUGGGAAGAACUUCAAAUUAAAAUCAGAAUUGACAGUCCACAUGAUAGUCCAUACAGGGAAAUUGGUAUUCCACUGCUCCCAGUGUGGGAAGAGCUUUGUCUCUUCAUCACACCUGAGCAGACACCUGCGAAUCCAUACAGAGGAACGGCCAUACCACUGCUCCCAGUGUGAAAAGAGCUUCAAAUCAAAAUCGGAAUUGGCAGUCCACACACGAAGGCAUACCGGGGAACGCCCAUACCACUGCUCCCAGUGUGGGAAGAGCUAUGCCUUGUCAUCGCAUCUCACCAGACACCUGCAAAUCCAUACCGGGGAGCGGCCAUACCACUGCUCCCAGUGUGCGAAGAGCUUUGCCUCGUCAUCACACCUGACCACACACCAGCGAACCCAUACAGGGGAGCGGCCAUACCACUGCUCCCAGUGUGGGAAGAGCUUCAAAUCAAAAUCUCAAUUGACAGUCCACACACAAAUCCAUACAGGGGAACGCCCCUACCACUGCUCCCAGUGUGGGAAGAACUUCAAAGCAAAAUCAAUAUUGAAAGUCCACACACAAAUCCAUACAGGGGAACGACCAUUCCACUGCUCCCAGUGUGGCAAGAACUUCAGAACAAAAUCUGAAUUAACAAUCCACCAGCUAACUCACACAGGGGAACGCCCAUACCACUGCUCCCAGUGUGGGAAGAGCUAUGUCUCGUCAUCACACCUGACCCGGCACCAGCAAAUCCAUACAGGGGAACGUCCAUACCAGUGUGGGGUGAAAGACUAAUAACACACAAGCAAACUCAUACCGGAGAACACCCCUACCUCAGCACUUAAUGUGGAAAGAUCUUCACACAGUUAAUGGGUCUGCAGAGAUGCCAGCAAGCUCAUACAUAGUAGCAUCCAGUGUAUGUUCCUGUAAAUUGACUACUUGGCCUUACCCAACUUUGACAUUGUAUAAGUUUUGAAUAAAUGGUCUAUUGGA